AUGGGAUUAGAACUGAACAUAAACAAAAUGAAGAUUAUGAACAUAGAAAAUGAUGAAGAUUUUGAGCUUGAAGAAGAUAGAAUUAUCAUGAGGGUACAAGUGGCUUUUGAAAGCCACAGAGAUAUGGUGAGCUUAAUUCAGACUUUGCGAGGGGGAGCAAGUGAGUCUAGGAUACUAAAGAUAAUGGAGUUGAAAGCUAGCACUGCUUCUUCUAGUGGGAGUUGGGAAGCAUCAGACCUUGAUGGGGAUGAGGUUGAUGGAAGUGGUAUGUCUGCUGUUAGAAGGAAGAGGGGAGUGAAGGUCACAGGAAAAUACAUGCCUCCAUUAGAAUGGGAGAGGGUACCAAACACAUAUGCAUCAAUCCCUACAAGUCAGUCAUAUAUCCAAAGCCAGCAAGAUUAUAGAAAACCUUCCAUGGGUGUUUCAUUGAGAAAACCAUCUACUAUUCCUCCAGGUCUCAGACAAGACAAAAAUAACCACAAAAAUGCAAGUGACCAAAUGCAUGAUAAAGCUACUGGAACUGACACAGAAAGUACAGAAAAUAAUUCUGAAACACAUGAAGAAGAUGGUGAGAAAAGUUCUGUAACUGAGAUUUCGAAGCAAACAUUAGAGGAACUAAAAGUUCUGCUGAAACAAAGUCCACUUAUUACAAGCAGAAUCAGAGAAACUGGGAAGCUCGAGAACAGCAAUACAUACUUACAGUUACCAAAACAUGAAGAUAAGUUGACCAGCAAACAGAACAGGACACUUGAGACCUUUAAGCCACAGCCGGGCUCAAGUGUGCUGGAGCAGGUGACCAUGCAGAAGCAAAAAGAGGACAAACCAAGUUCCAUUGAACUCAAGCAUACUGUAAUGCAACCAAACAUGCAUGCAAAAGUAGGCAGCACGACGAAACAAUACAGUCCUGGAGACUCAGCAUUAAAAGGCUGCCCAGAAGGAAUGUCUACCAUGAAAUCAGAAAAAUCUUGGCACAGCAGUCAUACUGAUGGUCUGAAAUAUUCAGACAUACAAGGUGAUGCUAUUCAGAAUACUGUACACAUAAUUUCUCAAGUGGAACAUAUAAAACAACAAAUUUCAAGAGAAGGAAUUGACUUCAUACGAUUUGAAGCCACAGAUCUUCAUGGUGUGUCUAGAUCAAAGAUAAUCCCAUCUCGCUUUUUUCAGGAAAAAUCUAUCCACGGAGUUUGUAUGCCACGAGAAUACCUUGAACUAACUCUGAGUCCAAAAGAAGAUGAAGUAGAUGGCAUUUCUGCUGAAAAUUUCAACAGUGACGUGAUUCUUCUACCAGAUCUCUCAACAUUUUGUGCUUUACCAUGGGCUAAAAAAACUGCAAGAGUGAUAUGUGAUUCUUUCACAGUUGGGGGUAACCCUCUUGUUACCUCUCCACGGCAGGUAGCAAGACUGCAGCUGAAACAGCUUCAGAACUAUGGAUUUUUUAUAUCGUCAGCCUUUACCUACGAGUUCUGCCUUUUUGGAAUUCCAGAGAUUAUAAAUUCCAAAACAUUAUCCUUCCCAGCUGCAACACUACUAAAUAACCAUAGUCAGGCCUUUGUGUACCAGGUAAUUAAUGAUAUGUAUCAUACUGGGGGGAAUAUUGAAAGUUUUUCUUCUUCCAGUGGGCCUGGACAAAUGGAGAUUACAUUUCGAUCAGACUUUGGCAUGUGUGCUGCUGAUAAUGCAUUCACUUUUAGAACAGGAAUAAAAGAAUUAGCAAAGAAGCAUAAUUUCAUUGCAAGUUUCUUCUCAGAAACAGGCUUCUAUAAUUCAGGGAUUUUGAGUCACAGCCUGUGGGAUAUAAAUGGAAAAAACAACCUGUUUUGUAGUGGACAUGGAAAUCAUGAACUCUCUGACCUUGGUCAAAGGUGGCUAGCUGGACUAGUAGCACAUUCUGCAGCUCUUAGUUGUCUCUUGGCUCCGGGAAGUAGUUGCCGUAAACGAUAUCAUAAGCAUUCCAAAGACCACAAAGAUUCUGUACCUGUAACAUGGGGGUGCAAUGAUAACAGCUGCACAUAUAAUGUGAAACAUCAUGGAGGCAAAGGAACACAGGUGGAAAAUAACCUUGGUUCAGCAAUGGCGAAUCCCUACCUUGUCCUUGCAGCUACAAUAGCUGCAGGUCUGGAUGGACUCAAGAAAGGACUGAAGCUGUCUGAUUCUGCUGAUAAUACAAAACUUAAACCAUUUCAUCCCUUUGCUAUCCCUUUGAAGCUCAAGGAUGCCCUGUCCGCCCUUCAGGGGGAUUCUUGCAUCAGAGGGGCACUUGGUGAUGUCUUUAUCCGCUAUUUUACUGCUGUGAAACAGUAUGAGUUGGAAACAGAGGAACUAGACACUGAAAGAAAUUCUUUCUUGGGAUACUUUAUUUAGAGUUAAAACCUUUGGUUAUUACUUGUGUCUUAUGAUCUGGGAGGUAACAUUUAAUAUUAAAAUGUAUUGCAUUAAAAUCAUUGCGAGGCAGACAUAUUAUAGCCAGGUUAAAAAUCUUAAACAUGACACCUUAAAAUUAAUUGUGUGUUAAAUAGCUUAUCAGCAAGAAUGAUAUAUCACUUUUAUUAAGAAAUGAACAAAGUGUUUAAUUUUGAAGAUGAUGAGGCAAAUAUGAUGAGUUAGUAUUGAUAUAGAAUAAGAAAAAUGAUGACUUGAAAAGUUAAGGAAGC